UUUUUUUUAUUCUUGCAGAAGGCAGAACUAAAUCGGCUUAUGCUAAAAUGAUGAUUCUCAGUACGGCAACAGCUCACCUCUCAUUUUGAGGUCGACCUUCUCCUAUCUCAUCGAUAUUCCGAGAGAAAUGGAAGGUGAAAAAAGGAUUGCCGAUUAUUUUAUCGUGGCUGGAUCGAACAAGGAUCAUCAAGUUCUCUUGGCAGAGACGUCUGCGUACAAUGAGGAAGGGCUGAAAAAGAAUGUGUUUUCUCAAGAACCCAUCACCGACCUGGCCGUGAUUUUUACUUCACUUGGUGAACAGCCACCUGAUGGAUACACUUGCAUUGAGCUCACUCCCAAAGGGUUCCCUGCCAACUUGAAUCAUGGUAGCAUCAAGUGCCCUGAGGUGUAUCUAUGCUACAGAAGAGGGACCGAUAAGCCUCCUCUUGCCGAUCUUGGGGUGAUGUAUGAGGGGAAAGAUGCAUUGAGGAGGGAUUCCGAGGUCCUGCAAGCCACACCUUAUGGGCGGCCAGCUAACAUCAAUAAUGCGUCUGCGCGCACUCUCAUCACUUUUAGGCGAGGUCGUAGUAAGUACCCUUGUAACGAGAUGGUCGUGUCGGACGUAUGUGUGAUAUUUCCAUCCAAGGGAGAGAAGCCACCUCAUUCUUUCUACCGCAUUGACAAGAACCUCAAUCGUGCCAUGGUUGGAACUGAUGUGUACCUAUGCUACAAAAAGUCAGUCUAUCGUCCACCUCGUAUCACCUACAAACCAGUGGUGCUAGAUCGUCUGCCUAUGAAAGACCAUGCCGAUUUCCCAUUCCCAUCCGGAGCUGAGGGUUUUUGCCUCCCACUUGGUGCAACUUUAGAAGCCUGGCCUCCCCCUUCGAAUUCCACGAAUCUGUUGCAGCGCUCUCCCCCAGUCUUCUCAACGUUCAUCCUGACUGUUUCUGAUGCCAAGGACAAGCUGUAUGGUGCGGCCGUGUCAUUCUACGAGUUGUGUGCAGAAGAGGAGCUGUCAGAAGAGCAAAGGAAAUUGUUGGAGCAGGAGGAACAGAAUGAUGAGAAGAAUCAUGGGAGAAUUUACAGACUCAAAAGCCUUUGUCUCCUCUCCCAUUGGCCCUUCUUUGAUGCCUUUGAAAAAUUUCUCCUCUUUCUCUACAAGAUGGCCGAUGGAUCUCCACAGCCUCUUCCUCUUGAGAGGGUGAUAGGACAUUUACUGCAUGAGGUUCCCUUUCCAUCACCUAGUCGUCCAACAAUACUUGUCCAGCUGAGUCCUGAUGAUGGAUUCUUUCUCUCCCUUCCUCAUUCUUCUCCUCUCCCUCACAGUGGGGCAUCCUUUCGUGAAUUGAUACUGAAUUUGGAUGUAGACAAUGUUCUGCUUAUCCUGCUUCUAACCAUGCUGGAGCAUAAGAUUGUUCUCCAUUCUCUUCGCCCCGAUGUCCUCACCUCAAUCGCUGAGGCCGUCUGCAUGAUGAUUUUUCCAUUCCACUGGCAAUGUCCCUACAUCCCCAUGUGCCCAUUGGGCCUGUCAGACCUCAUGGGGGCUCCCCUUCCAUUUCUUCUUGGCCUUGAUUCCCGCUUCUUUGACCUCUAUGAUCCCCCUGAAGAUGUUAUCUGCAUCGAUCUUGACACUGACUCUCUGCGCAUCCCAGAAGAUAAGCAGUGGAUGACAACAAAGCUCUUGCCAAGGAAGGCAGCGAAGACCUUGCGAGGGACAUUGAAGUCCCUUCAGCCACUGGUGAAGCUAUUGGCCGAAGAGGAGCUGGCACACAGUCGCUCCAUGCCUCCAGCCAUUGCUGCACUUUCGGCAAACCCUGAUGCCACACUCUCUUGGAAGCGAAAACAGCAAGUCUUGGAGACAUCCAUCCAAGAAGCAUUCCUGCGUUUCACUGCAUCCAUUCUAAAGGGCUAUCACAACUACCUCCUCCCAAUCACUAAGGCACCUUCAACUCGGGCCACUGAUGCUGCUUACCUCUUUGACCUUCAGGCCUUCCUUCGAUCGAGGGAGAAGACCCACCACACCUUUUAUGCUCAUCUUAUGAAGACUCAAAUGUUCAUCAGGUUCAUCGAGGAGCGCUCCUUUGUAUCAAGCAAGGACUCCUCUCUUGUGUUCUUUGAUGACAUUAUGGAGAAAAUGUCUGGAGACCUGGAUGUUGACCAUGGGGGCCAACGUCUUCUGGAACUGGAUUCCCCACACAGUGACUGCUUUGUGUUUCUGCCCCCUCCUGAUUCUCAGGGUCUCCCACCUGACUCCAGCUUCUUAUAUCCUGAAUUUCGCCUGAGAAACAUUGAGUUUUAUCCUGUGGGAGUGUCAGAGCAGAAUGGGGAGGGAGUGAGAAGGUGCAUGCACCUUCCACCAUCUCCACUGAUUCAGCGCACAAAGCAUGAGCUGCGACUGGCCCAGAAGCAGGCUCGUAAGUGUGCUGAAGUCCCAAUGCUCUGGGCCAAGUACCUUCUCUCAUCUGCCUUCAGCCUGUGGUUCCUGCAAUUGCCUGCAUAUGUGGAGGCAUCAGAGAGUCCAGGAUCAGCAUUGAUGGAUGCAUUUCAGCUGCUUUUGCGUGUUCAUUCUCUGGGUUUGAAGAUGCUGGAUGAAGUAUGCUAUCGUGUAGUGGUUCAGCUAUGUGGGGUUCACAGCCUACCCUUGCUUGCCAUGCGGGUUCUGACUGAGAUGCGCAAGACAGGACUCACUCCCAAUGCCAUCACAUAUGGAUACUACAACAAAGUCAUUGUGGAGUCAAACUGGCAGACUUCCAAGUCUCAAAUUCAGUGGAGAAAACUCAGGAAUGUGAUCAUGGCAAUGUCAGCAUUCCACAGCCAUGUGAAGGUGGGUCAACGACGGCCAUCCAACUCCUCAGAUGAGGUUGGUUUGGACCAAGUGGACAGGGAUGCAAGGGCAAGUCCUGAAAGUGGGGCGAAUCCAUCAACCUGCACAGACAAGAUCAGCACAGGGCCAUCCAUUUCCAUCGCAGGGACAAGCCAGUCAGAUGGAGGAUAUGCUUCUCUUCCUGAUAGCAGUGUACCAGGAGUAAUUGAUUCCAAAGAGGUCAAAGUUGAGUCAUCAGUAAGAGUGCGCAGGUCUCUCCAUGGUCUGACGGAUGAUGGAGACGAUCUUGGGGUUUCUCGGCUUCCUCCUGACCCACAAGAAGGGAACGACUCAAAAGGAAAGAUAGGAAAGAACAAUCAGUCAGAGGCAUUCUACACUGGGGGAAGGAAAGGGAAGAAAGAACGACACAUGAGCGAGAGUGGUAAUCGACCUAGGCUGUCCAAGGCCAAGCGCAGGUUCUCAUCUGCUGAUGAUCCUACCCCUUCCUCCCCCAUCAGUGAGAAGGAGAGGAUAAGGAAGAGUCCUGUUCCCAGAUCAGCCAGCUGCAAGCAGGAGAGAUCGGAUAAGAAUCAGUCUUUGGAGAGAUCUCUCAAAGGAUCUGAAGAGGACAGAGACAUGUUGAUGCUCCCGUCAGUCGCCAAUGGUCCCUUGACACCAUGUUCAACCCUGGGUCCACGUUCUCCUGCAAGGACGCCAGUGACAGAGAAUGACCCCUUGGGUGCCCUGGGAGGAACUUCUUUCUCCCUUCCCCCCUCUAUUCCAAUGACCCCUUCUAGUAGUUCCAGUCUCAUGACACCCCCAAGGCAUGUUAGCCUCACCUCACUUGGAAGCACACAUUCUCUCCCAGAAGAGGCAUCUGCUUCAAGAUUCAGCCCUUUCCCUUCCAGCUGCAGGCAGGAGAGAUCGGAUAAGAAUCAGUCUUUGGAGAGAUCUCUCAAAGGAUCUGAAGAGGACAGAGACAUGUUGAUGCUCCCGUCAGUCGCCAAUGGUCCCCUGACACCAUGUUCAACCCUGGGUCCACGUUCUCCUGCAAGGACGCCAGUGACAGAGAAUGACCCCUUGGGUGCCCUGGGAGGAACUUCUUUCUCCCUUCCCCCCUCUAUUCCAAUGACCCCUUCUAGUAGUUCCAGUCUCAUGACACCCCCAAGGCAUGUUAGCCUCACCUCACUUGGAAGCACACAUUCUCUCCCAGAAGAGGCAUCUGCUUCAAGAUUCAGCCCUUUCCCUUCCAGGUUUUCACACCUGGGUGCACAUCUGAGGCGAAGCAUUCGUCUGGGUGGAGCCAGCCCUGGUCAUGGAGGAAAGCUACCCCUGUCUUCUGACCCACAAGCAGUCCAUCGAAGUUCCACUCACCCUGAACCUUUGGGUGGUGAAUCUUCUGCCUCCCCCCACACAUCUGGAAACACAAAAUUUUCCUCAGGCAUUGCAUCUCUCACUGCUGGCCUAAAGUCUCUUGGGAGUCCAUCAACAGUGGAGAGGAAUAGCCAAGGUACCAAUGGGCACAAUCUGAGUGCCCGUUGGAAGUUGGCAACAUCCUCCCUGAGCAAGACAUUUGAUUCCAUCCGUGAAGCAAUAUCCAGCUCUCCCUCUUCCAUUGGCACCCCACCUGCAUUGACCCACAGGAGAAGCCAUGAAGAGGAAGGAGGUUCAGCCUUAGGCUCCACAGAUUCCCUAGCUGGUCGGUCUGACACAGGCAGUGACUGGACUUUCCCUGACGGACUACUGGACAGUCUUUGGGGACGUCAGAAUGCUGACCGACAGUCCCAAAAUAGCCUCAACACCCAGCAGCCUUCUGCCUAUGAGAUGGCAUCAUGGGACCCUUUUUCUGGUGAAAAGAGUUCCUGCAUCCCAGGUGCCGAAGAAGGUCCUAUGGCUAUGGAUCUGAGACUGUGUACUUGCUCCCAAUGUCAUGCAUGUGGUGCCCUUCUGUAUGAUGAAGAUCUGUUGGCCAAGUGGACACCUGAGGACUCCAAUCUCAACUCCAUCUGCAUGUACUGUGAUCACAAGCAGGCCCCUCACUUGACUGUGAUAGUCAGGGAUUACAGAAAUCUUCCUCGGCCUCCUGAUAGAGAAACCCAGGAAGAGGAGCAGAGUCUAGCGGGAGAACCAUUGGAGAGUCGUCAUGUGGUGCCAUACUUAAGUCCUUUGGUGCUCAGAAAGGAACUAGAGAAUGUCCUGGAGAAUGAAGGCCACUCCAUCGUCCUCAAACCAACCUUUCUUGAUAAGCAUCCCAUCCUCUACUGGAAUUUGGUGUGGUACUUCCAUCGUUUAUGUGUGCCGAGUCAGUUCUUGGUGUCAGCUAGUUUGAACGCAUCCAGCCUUCAUGACCCACCAACUACACCUGACACUUUCCCACACAAGUCAUGGGAGGAUGUCUCUAAUCCACCUGUUGCUGUGUUUUGUCUCUGGGACAAUCCACUUCUCCUGGGACAUGAACCCCCCUAUGUCCCACUAUAUCGGAGCUUGUCCAAAGAGGUCCUGGCCAGUGUGACGUGUAACGACGUGAAGAGUCCCAUUAAACUUCUGCUCCAAGAUUACCGGAAACAUAAGGAAGGGAAGAUGCCUUACUCCCUCUAUCGGGAAAUCCUCUUCCUCUCCUUCGUGGCCCUUGGUCGCCAUAACAUUGACCAC